AAUAAACAAACGCUUCGUUUCUGGUCAUUUUGAUCGUUUCCGUCGUUCCUUACGCGUAUUCGAAAUGACUGAAAUUUAAGCCAUUAGCCAUUAACCCACCUUGACUCAAAAGAGAAACGCUAAACAUACAAAUAUAGAAAGAGCUAUAUACCUAUGGUAUAUGUUGUGAUCGAUAGUGGAAAGUGAAUUCAAAUUUUUUUUAUGCUAAUGUGCACAUUUUGUAUUAAUUCAUAUUAAACGAUUUUGAGAUUAAAUCGUGGAGUUGAUUGUGCAUUUUCUUGGAACUAUCUGCUGUACAAAAACAAAAAAAGAAAACAUAUCAUACCCAAAAUGGCUUACCGGUGCUUUUGGAGAAGUAUUACCAAUUUAACAUUGGCCAUUGUUAUCAUCACUUUGAAUAUGCAGAUUUCGGCAGCUGCUCUUUGGCCUGCUUUUAGUAGUGAAAAGGUUGAAAAAUGUAGUGGAAGUACGGGAUUGAAGUAUUUAUCCGGUGAUGCACUCACGGAUUCACCCGACUGUCUCGGGCCGAACAAUACACCCUAUCCGAGUGCGGCUGUAGCACGCACUUUUUCGAACUGGAACGGCAGUUCAAGACGGGGCCGUCAAAGCAAAUUUCCGACAACUCUGGAUCCUACGAUAACGAAGAGUGCUUUACUACGAGCCUACGAUGAAGUAAACAAUGACUUCCCUGCCAGUAGUCGUUUUGGACGUUCAUUAACAAAUGGGCCGAUCGGCCAAUGCAGAGAAACACCAUCUCGCCUGUGUAAAACACGAUACAAUACAACAGCACCAAUGUAUGGAGUUAGUUUGACAUCUGGACAGCCAGUUACUAUUGUUCAAAAAUUCCCUGAUCUGUUACAACAAGUAGUGUUCGAGGUUUGCGAAUCGGGCGAAUGUGACGUUGUACGCGGCGAAUGCACUCAAACUUAUGUACCCUACCUGUUUCUGGUAAUACCACUGGGUCCAGUCACAUUGACUGGUCAGGACUACGUGCUGGUUGAGAGCGGAUGUGUUUGCAAACCGAAAUACUCAACGGGGGCAGCGCAGGAGCCAAAUAUGAUACCAUAGUUUAAUGCCGGAACCAAAUACAUCCAUAAAUUAUGUUAAAAUCUGAUAUACUGGUACAUACAUACACACUAAAUUAUUUAAAAUGGACAUUUGUAUGCAUAAAUAAGAGCUAUUUGGACACUUUAGCUUGAUUAGGAAAAUUAGCUUUUUUAAUUAACGAAUUGUAAUUGGCAUCGAUUUUCUGUUUAUACUCGUAGUAGUCUCUAGUUACUACAUAGCAUAUUGAAUUUUCGAUGUAGUUUUUGUUUAAAAUUGUCUCGGAUAUAAAUGGAUGAGUGCGUCAAAGAAAAUAACAUUUACUACUUGCAUAUGUUUACAUACAUAUGUUUUUGCUACGAAUGCCCAUUUUUGCUAUUAAAUUAUUAUGCAUCGAAUUCAACAAGUUUUCUCUGUUGAAAUUUUACAGUUAUUAAUGUAUUUAGAUGUAAAAUAGUUAUAAAUAUACAAACAUAUUUAGAUGUGUGCGAUAUUUGUGUUUACAUAUAGACAUAACCAUAAAUUUAAUUAAUUAUAAAAUGAGUUUGAAAUAAUGAUAUUGAGAGCUAAAAUAAAUGUGUUCGUACAUACGUACAUAUGUAGACAUAUCAUUGUAUGCAAUAUCGAAGUGCGUGGCGAAAAUCACACAACGAUAUUUUUUUUACGUUUUAAAAAAAUUAAAAAAAAAAAAUACCAGGUCAACACCUUGAUUUUUCUUGAAACUGUCUAUAUUUUAGUAGACAUCUCUUGGUAUUGUCACCCUACGAAAGGCGCUUUGCUUUUGACAUAUGGCAGUGGUGAUUCGUCGACUUUUUGCCAUUCACUUUGAUUCAUUUUACACUACAAAACUUUUCAAAGAGAAAAUAUAAAUUUUUAUGGAUUUGAGAUUUCAAAUUCAUAAUUAUUUAAAGCAUUCCAAGUAAAAUAUGGCUACAAAGGCAUA